AUGUCUCGCAGGAGGAUGGAAACCAAACCCCUGAUCUUCUUGCUGAGGACUCUGCUGCUGCUGUACUCCUGCAUGUUCUGGGUCAGUGGUGUCCUCCUAUUGGCCGUAGGUUUAUGGUGGUCCUUCAUGUUGUCCCCCUACAUGUUGCUGAUCUCCAGUGGACCCUCUAACGCCCCCUACCUGUUGGUUUCCACCGGUGCUGCCGUAGUGCUCUUCGGCCUGUUUGGAUGCUUCUCCACCUGCAGGGGGCGCCCCUGGAUGCUCAGACUGUAUGCCGUCUUCCUGUCCCUCAUCUUCAUGACUGAACUCAUCGCUGGAAUCUCGGGGUUUGUCUUUCGUCAUGAGAUCAAAGGGACCAUGUUGACCACCUACAGCGACGCAGUGACCCACUACGAUGGACGGGAUGACCGCAGUCUGGCCGUGGACGCUGUCCAGCGCAGGUUGCAUUGCUGUGGAGUUUAUAACUACACCAGCUGGUUCAACACCGUGUACUUUAACUCCGCUGGAGUUCCGUCCAGCUGCUGCGUGGUUCUGACCGACUGCAGCCAAGUGGACCUGCGGAACGCCACGGCUGCAGCCCGCAAAGUCCACCAGCAGGGUUGUUUUGACCUGGUUACGACCUUCAUGGAGUCGAACAUGGGAGUGAUCGCAGGAGUGACCUUUGGAGUGGCAUUCUCACAGCUGGUGGGCGUGUCCUUGGCCUGUUGUCUUUCCCGCUUCAUCGGCUCCAACCAGUAUGAGAUGGUUUAACAGACAGAAAAGGGGUGGGGAUGAAGGUUGCCAUGGAAACCCCACCCACCCAGGGACCUCCUC